UUUUCAUUUCCAAAUGUCAUUGUAGCAAAUUUUGGAAAACUAUCGGAGUCAAAUAAAUUUACGCUUUCGAUAAAAGCAAGUGCAUUGUACCCUGUAGUUUUUAAAACAGAUCAGUACGUUUCCUUCUCGCAUCAAAAUCCGGAACCCUUGGCCAUGAAGCUAGUCUCGUAUCUGGAAAAUUCUGAUGGCGUCGGCUUACCCAGCCUGGCAAGCAGCCCGAACCACGCAAAUGAUUCGGAGUUCUGUGUGCCGCGUGCCGCUGAGCCCACGACCAAUUUGCAACAGUUCUAUCAGGUGCAGGAACGCCUGCAGACCGAUCUGCUAGCCUGCGACGCGCGAUUCUCGCUCUUUGUGGCGGCUGCCAACAGCUAUAUGUACGAGACGCUGCUGCGGCCCUUCCCCAAGGAGUUUCUCGACAGCAAUCAGCGUCCGGACAUUAAUGCCAUCUUCGAUACCGUUGCCGACAUUGAUCGACUGGAGACCAUUCUCGCCCAGCUAUUGAAGAGCAACUACAGUCGCUAUCACGUCAAAGUUAUGCAUCUUCUGCACGCUGUUCUGGUGCGGCACGGCGAGCGUGUGGCAUUGAGCACACUACGACCAUGUGAGUUCGAAGAUCUGUAUACGCAUCUGCAGAUUGGAAAGCCCCGCAUGGCGCCCACACAGAUCUUUGAGGUCACACCGAGCCUGAAAUGUGCACAUACCAAGGAAUACACCAGUCUGCGCGAACAGUGUCCGGUCCGGAUAGGAUUUUACGGCGCCAAGCUGGAGCAGCUCUAUGCCAUGCUGACCGUGGGCUGUCUACCCAUGGACAAGCCCUUGGUACUGGCCAGGAACGUGGACGAGGCGCUCCAGCUCAGUCCAGAAAGUCCAGGCUGGGGCGGCUCACGCUGCGGCGCCAUGCUUAGAUGCGUGGCCGUUGUGGAGUAUGUGGUGGUGCCCGCGCAUGUCUCUGUGGAUGAUGACAAUGGUCUUGUGACCGUCAGCGAGGCCAGCUGCAUGCAGAUCUCGUAUCUGAUGUUCUUUGGCAAGAGCUUUGGCAAGUUUGAGAUACCGUUGAUGCGUCAGCCCAAGUUAACCGUCAAUUGGAAUGAGACGGUCAAGUGGAUGGAGGACAAUAAAUAUGCACUUUCGCUCGGUGUAUACCUGAUGGUUUUAUCCCUGUCCUCGUCCAACGGACGUGGCAUAUUGCACAGAUUCGCUUGCACGGGCCUGCAUGUGCUAAGGAAAGGAUUUCUGAAAAUUUAAGCGUUUUUCUGUCCCUUUGACUGACUAAUUGGCUAAUAUAAUCACUUUAUUGCCCUUUGCUCGCCGAGAGCAAUAAAGUGCUUAUAUGCGCCAAUAAAGUCAAGACUCCCUGAAAUUCAAACAUUCAAUCAAAUAAGCUUUAAGUAAACAAAAUUUAACAGCUACAUUUGGCAUACCAAAUAUUAAAUACCCUAGCAGACAUA